AUGUCACACCAUACCAACAGCACGACAAAUAAUACCGACCGUACUCCCCCCGAGUACUCUCACCCAGAGCAAGCACCUGGCCCUGUGCCUUACACAACACAGCAGGAAGGACGCCCUCCUGUCUACCCAGCCGCCCCAGCCCCCGGCCAACCCUACCCAGCCCCGUCUGGAACCCCCGCCUCUGAAUACGGCUACUCGGGUCACCGUGGAAGUGCCAGUUUCCCUCAAGACACGAUGAUGGGAUAUCGCUCCUCCCAGAGCCAUCCUAGCAAUGGCGUCCCCUCGUCCAACAACAUGUCGGGUCCUGGACACGCCUAUCCUCACCCGGCCUACCCGUCUUACGCGCCUCCUCCUCCCGAUGUGACGAGCCCAUAUCAGCACAGCGGUCCUAGUGCAGGACUCUAUGCCCAACCACGUCCCGACUGGGCGACAUAUCAGCAAAACGGUCCUAUGCAGGGCCAUGCCGUCUUCCCCCCUACACAUUCCCCGGCUCCUGCUCAAACGCGACAGAAUCAGCAGGUUUACUCUUUCGUUCCUAUCCCCGGUUCCACCCAGCAUAAGCGACCACGCCGACGCUUUGAGGAGAUCGAGCGCAUGUACAAGUGUGGGUGGAAUGGGUGCGAGAAGGCUUAUGGCACACUCAACCAUCUGAAUGCGCACGUCACCAUGCAGUCGCAUGGAACGAAGCGGACUCCUGAAGAGUUCAAGGAGAUUCGCAAGGAGUGGAAGGCGCGCAAGAAGGAGGAAGAGGCGCAACGCAAGGCCAACGAGGAACGAGCACGCGCUUCGUCCACCACCCAAGCAACACAGAGCGCCGAGAACAACUCUUAUGCCGGGAGAGGUGCCGUUCAACUCCCACCAAUUGGCUCCAACACGCCAGUGUCUCAGUAUCCCCUACCAGAAUACAACGGUCCGGCAUAUCAAAACUACCCUCCCGGUUCUGGUUCUCCCUAUCACCCCAAUGGUUAUAGCACAGCUCAACAUCCCAAUGGGCAGCCAUAG